GGAACAAUUGCCAACAUGAUAUGAAUACGUCAUCAUGGUUUCUAAUGACGACUUGGCAGUGUUACACCUUUGGGGAAUAAUCAUCAAUCCUGUCUUCAGAAAUAUUUCUCUAGAACAUGGGUAUUGUGACGAGCUGUGAGCGACGAACAAUAUCUUUAUUCGACCCGAGCGAAUCGACUUUUCCGUGUUUUAAUAGAGUUGACCCUGCGUUCAAGCUAUUAGGGGAACAGCCCGAAAAGUGGAAAGGCCUCGCGGAUAUCAGUAACACCAACACAUUCCUCCGGAACCCGUAUGAGAAGGAUGCUGAAAGGGACUACUUAGCUCAUCAGAUACGGGACACCACCGACGUCGCCACAUUGCCGCCAAACCGAUUCCCCGUCCCGGCAGACGUAGAACUACCCAUUGAUUACCCGCUUUGGUUAGCCAACUUCAUCAACAAGAAAGAAGGGAUGCGAUUGAAGUUGGGUGUGGCGUCAUUGUCGAUGCCCGAUGAAUAUAUAUCUAAGGUGGCUGAGGUUGCCUACCUACUUAAAACACUUCACUACCUCAAAUUCACAUACAUGCACGAGGUGGACUCUGCACGUCCUCGAUUCCUGCUGUGGGAGGUUCAUAAAGGUAGGCGGGAACGCUGUCUGUGUGUUCAUAGACGUCGCCGACUCUACCCAAGGAUCGUCAUCAUGAAGAGGACAGAAACUUUCAAUAUUAUAGGUAAAGGGUUCAUGUUGAGGUUAUUUCCGGUACCUGAAAGAGCAGACCCUGACCAAUACUGCGCUGAUCGAAAUAAUGGGGAACUCCCAAUAUCUCUGGGUACGUAUACUCGUACCCUGGAUACCGUGCCCGCAAUGUCUAUCGAAUGGAACGUCCGCCUAUGGGCCUGGGAGAACAAUCAACCCUAGUCCGACAUUUGGGGGUAUGACCGAUGAGACAUGUAUGAAUAUGUCUGGGCAAAAAAAUAAAAUAUAAUUAACAUCCCACGUAAUUAUAAUCAUUCCUGUAUGCCCGAUGUUUUCUACCCCACGGUUCGUUACGAAAGCUGCAUUAAUGGUGUAGACUGGUUCUUCGUCUUUGUUUCUAAAUAACCAUAUGAGGCUAGAAAUAUUACUGCAGUUUCGCGCAUAGAUCUUUCAUGCAUAGGUGUCACUAGGUAGAU